CUGUAACUUGGGGAAAACAUAGAAAAGGAAGAGGAAAGUGCGGAGGAAAAUAUGCCUUGAUUCUUUGUUUUCCCCGUGAAUAAUUUUCGUUUCCUUUAUUUUCUUUUCCCCAGUUUCCAACAAACUCUACAUUUCAAACCUCGCAAGGAUUUAUUGACUGGUUAACUUCAGAGUUUCGCUCCGUUCAUAUAACGGAAGGAAGAAAAAAGAAUACGAAGGGCCGUCCGUGCCCUUAUCUUCAUUUCCCGCCACCCAACUGUUUGAAUUUCUAUGAUCUUUUACUUCCACAUUUUGUGUUUGGAGCAUGUAAAUUACGAACCUAGUAAUGCAUUAUCAGUUGAUACGUAAAUAAAUCUAUACAUUUAUAGAAUAGAAAGAUUUUCCUCUUUUGCAGAUUUAUAGAAUAGAAAGAUUUUCCUCUUUUGCAGAAAACUCUAAUGGAGUCUUAUACUCAACCUCUUUCCGAUAUUUAUGCAUCACUCCUCCAAACAAGCCUUAGGACCAAAAACCCAUUUGCCGGAAAGUUGGUUCAUGCUCAGAUAAUCAAAUCCGGGCUUCACCUUAGUGUGUUUUUGAUGAAUAAUCUCAUCAAUUGCUAUGCCAAAAGUGGGUUUCUGUCGGAUGCCCACCACGUAUUCGAUGAAAUGCCAAGUAGGAACACAACCUCUUGGAAUACGAUUCUAUCAGCUUAUGCGAAACAGGGCAGGAUUGAUGAUGCUUACCGUGUUUUUAAGGAAAUGCCCGAGCCUGAUUCUGUUUCGUGGACGUCGAUGAUUGCCGGUUAUAAUCGAAUGGGUUGCGUUGAAAAUGCAAUUAAGAUGUUUCUAGAGAUGAUUUUGUGUCAUGUUUUUCCGACCCAGUUCACAAUUACUAGUGUGCUUGCUUCCUGUGCUGCUAUAGAAUCUUUAGGAAUAGGUAGGAAGGUUCACACCUUUGUUGUUAAACUUGGGCUCAAUAGCUAUGUCAGCGUUGCGAAUUCCCUCCUCAACAUGUAUGCAAAGUCAGGUGAUCCAGUAACAGCAAAGGUUGUUUUUGAUAGGAUGAAGUUGAAGAGCAUAACGAGUUGGAAUGCUAUGAUUACAUUGCAUAUGCAAUCCGGUAGGCCAGAUCUCGCUCUUGCGCAGUUUGAUCAAAUGAGUGAGCGAGAUUUAGUUUCUUGGAAUUCGAUGAUUACGGGUUACAACCAGCGUGGACUUGAUCGCGAAGCAUUGGAUAUUCUCUCAAGAAUGUCUAAAGAAACUUCUUUAAAGCCAGAUAAUUUCACCUUGGCCAGUGUUUUAUCGGCUUGUGCUAAUCUUGAGGAGUUAAACCUUGGGAAACAAAUCCAUGCCCACGUAGUAAGAACUGAAUUCAGUACUUUUGGGCCUGUUGGGAAUGCUUUAAUUUCCAUGUACUCCAAAUCAGGAGGGGUUGGAAUUGCUCGAAAGAUUUUAGAGCAUAGUGUCACUUCUGAUCUCAAUGUAAUAGCAUUUACAUCCCUUUUGGAUGGAUAUAUCAAGCUUGGAGAUAUGAACUCAGCUAGACAAAUAUUUGAUGCAUUGAGAACCCAUGAUGUGGUUUCAUGGACGGCAAUGAUUGUUGGUUAUGUGCAGAAUGGCUUCAAUGAUGAAGCAAUAAACCUCUUUAGAUCAAUGAUUAGAGAGGGCACCAAGCCUAACAGCUAUACUCUAGCAGCAAUAUUAAGUGUCAGUUCCAGUUUGGCUUCUUUGAAUCAUGGCGAACAAAUCCAUGCAAAAUCCAUAAGGUUAGGAGAAGUGUUGUCUGUUUCUGUUAGCAACGGUUUAAUUUCCAUGUAUGCUAAAUCUGGAAGCAUCGAUUGUGCCAAGAGAAUAUUCAAUUUGAUACAUUGGAAAAAAGAUAUUGUCUCAUGGACUUCCAUGGUCAUAGCUUUAGCUCAACACGGACUUGGAGAGGAAGCUAUAGAGUUGUUUGAGAAAAUGUUGGAGUUUGGAAUUAAGCCGGACCAUAUUACAUAUGUUGGUGUGCUCUCUGCUUGCAUACACGUGGGAUAUGUAGAUCAAGGCCGGAAUUAUUAUAAACUGAUGGAAGAUGCACAUGGAAUUGAACCAACGCCAAGCCAUUAUGCUUGUAUGAUUGACCUGUUUGGACGAGCCGGAUUGCUCCAAGAAGCACAAGGUUUCAUAGAAAAAAUGCCCAUCGAACCGGAUGUAUUUGUGUGGGGCUCACUUUUAGCUUCCUGCAGAGUUCAUAAAAAUGUGGAGCUGGCAAAAGUUGCUGCGGAGAGAUUGCUUCUUAUUGAUCCAGACAAUAGUGGGGCCUACUCAGCUCUUGCUAAUGCAUAUUCUGCAUGUGGAAAAUGGGAAGAUGCUGCUAAGAUUCGGAAGUCGAUGAAGGAUAAACAGGUGAAGAAAGAACAGGGAUUCAGUUGGGUUCAGAUAAAAGGCGAAGUCCAUGUCUUUGGGGUUGAAGACGCGUUACACCCACAGAGGGAUGCAAUCUACCGGCUGAUUGCAAAAAUCUGGAAGGAAAUAAAAAAGAUGGGUUUUGUUCCCAACACUGAAGCGGUAUUGCAUGACCUUGAUGAAGAGGUGAAAGAGCAGAUUCUUAGACAUCAUAGUGAAAAGCUUGCUAUUGCGUUUGGGUUGCUAAAUACUCCAGAGAACACUACUUUGAGGGUUAUGAAGAACCUUAGAGUGUGUGAUGACUGUCACUCUGCUAUCAAAUUUAUAUCCAAACUUGUGGGGAGAGAAAUCAUUGUGAGAGAUGCUACUCGGUUUCAUCAUUUCAGGACUGGCUUGUGUUCUUGUCGUGAUUAUUGGUAGGAGCAAAUGAAAAUAUUCUUUCAAGGUACCUGGACUACAAAGAAAAGUCUGAUAAACAGCUUGUCGAGAAUCAAGGGAACUUACAUUUACCAUCAAAAGUUAAGCGUCACACAACAAGAUGGCGCUCCUUCUGCUGAUUUUUCUGCUUUGUUCUGGACCUACUGUUUUGGUUUUUGAUGGCAAUUCAUUUGGAGGAGAGGCCAAUUACAAAUUAGGGAAAUGUGUAUGAAGGCCUGCUGGCCUUUUCCCCAUUGAAAAUUGGUUGUUUUGGGCUGGGGUACUUGGGAGCUGGCAUGGGCAGGUUGGUUUGCAGCAAGGCGCAGAAUUGUCACUAUGAAACUUUGUUCUCAUUCAGUCAUCAUAGAAAUGGAAUCUGAAUAGUGAAGUAGUUAUAAAAGCCACACACAGAGAGAGAGAGAGAGAGAGAGAGAGAGAGAUGAGCUCUGUAACUGGAGAUGAAUGUGAGGGAGAAGAUGUUGUGACAAGUUCAGAGGAGUGGUGAGAUGGAGAUUAUGGUAGUUUCCUUCCCUUGCUUUGGCCUCAUUUGGUGUGUUGUGGUGUUUUCGUAACGUUAUUGUGGUUUCCCUUUUGUGUAGAUACUGUGCAGCGUGGGGUUUGGAUGAUGCCAAUGGUUUAUAACCUCUUCUGGCAUGGUGGCUCUCUUUAUGAUGCUUGGUUUAGCUGCACUUCAAAUCAGGUCUCUUUUUCCUCUUGAAUUUUUCAAUUUAAUGCCAACCCAUUUCCCAUUUGUUCUUGUAACGUAACAAAUGUGGGUAGCAGGGCGGCUUGGGAUGCUCUCUGUGUGGAUUACACUGGUUUGAGGUUCUUGAUGGGUUGCAGUGCUGUAAGAAAGUAUGACAUACUACUAUGUGUAUAGACCAUCGAUGGCGCCACUCCAUGCUUAUUUGAAAUUGGAUCUUUCCAUGUGUAUUGUUCUUCAUAUUAUCCGAACUUUGUUUCCGUAACAAUGAAUGGCUUUAACAAACAAUUAGUACUUGUCUUGGCAGAAAAGCUUUCAAUUGUCAAUGUUGAAAUGUAGAAGACGAAGUUGUUCAACAUGCUAGAGGUGUGCUUCUUAAAACAUUGGGAGUUUCUAUGUGGCAAUGAACUCGCAGCUACUUGACAAGAAGAGAUUUUCUUUGAGUGUAACCUAAUGACAAGCUCAAGAAACUGGAAUAGCAUAUUCAUUCUAUGUGGGACCUAAUUGUUAUUGCUUUGUAUUUCAGAAACGUUAAAUGGAGUAUAUUUUACUUGGUUCUUGGGGGUUUAAUAGGUUUAACUUUGUGUGAAGCUUUC